UGAAAGUGGAGAGACAAUUUUCCGUAAAAGGCGUUACGUAGCCCAGCGAGGUUUUCAUGUUUAUUCCGCUAGAGAAAGAAGGGGCGGCCCCUGAUCUAGAAACAACCAACUCUGUCCCUUGUCCUCUCAUAUGGGUCUAACGGAGGAAAUAGCCUACAAGAAUAGAACAGAGCUUUAGACUACUACAUUGUGAUAGCCUACAGUCCUGUCUGGAGCGAAGCUUUAGCACAAACUAAUAGAGUGAACACUACAAUAGAUCAGAGGAACAGCUCGAGCGCCAAGAUGCCCCUGGCACAGUUGCCAGAUCCCUGGCAGAAGAUGACACUGGGGCGGGCGACGAGCGAGGAUGCCCAUCGUCAUGUUCUGGAGGAUUCUAUUGGAGAGGAUGAUUCUAUGUCCUGUAACGAGGACGAGAGUGUCAAUGAAAUCAACAUCACCAACCAUACCAAGGAGGGGUCAGAGAAGGGUGACCCUCGACAGUUCGAGCUCCGCAAGGUCCUAGGACAAGGCUCAUUCGGAAAGGUGUUCCUUGUCAAGAAGGCUACAGGUCCAGAUGCAGGACAGCUCUAUGCCAUGAAGGUUCUGAAGAAAGCCACACUGAAAGUGCGUGACAGGGUGAGGACUAAGAUGGAGAGAGACAUUCUGGUGGAGGUCAACCAUCCCUUCAUCGUUAAACUGCACUAUGCAUUCCAAACAGAAGGGAAACUCUACCUCAUCCUGGACUUCCUACGGGGAGGAGACCUCUUCACACGACUGUCUAAAGAGGUGAUGUUCACAGAGGAGGAUGUGAAGUUCUACCUGGCAGAGUUGGCCCUGGCGCUGGACCACCUUCACAGCCUGGGCAUCAUCUACAGAGACCUCAAACCAGAGAACAUUCUGCUAGACGAGGAGGGACACAUUAAGCUGACGGACUUCGGCCUCAGUAAGGAGUCUAUAGACCAUGAGAACAAGGCCUAUUCGUUCUGUGGGACAGUGGAGUACAUGGCUCCGGAGGUGGUCAAUAGGAGAGGUCACACCACCAGCGCUGAUUGGUGGUCCUACGGCGUGCUCAUGUUUGAGAUGCUGACCGGAACACUACCAUUCCAGGGGAAAGACCGCAAGGAGACCAUGACCAUGAUCCUCAAAGCUAAGUUGGGGAUGCCACAGUUUUUGAGUUCUGAAGCCCAGAGUCUCCUGAGGAACCUUUUCAAACGCAACCCUACAAACAGGCUAGGGGCCGGCCCAGACGGAGUGGAAGAGAUCAAGAGACACCACUUCUACUGCACCAUAGACUGGAACAAACUGUUCCGUAGAGAGCUCCACCCUCCCUUCAAACCUGCUACGGGACGACCUGACGACACCUUCUAUUUCGACCCAGAGUUCACCGCUAAAACACCCAAAGAUUCCCCGGGGGUUCCGCCCAGUGCCAACGCCCACCAGCUGUUCCGAGGAUUCAGCUUUGUAGCCAUUACAUCAGAGGAAGAGACACAACCACUACAGACUACUGUAGUACAGCAGCUACACAGGAAUAUGUCCCAGCUGUCAGAAGCAUAUGAAGUCAAGGAGGAAAUAGGACUGGGAUCAUACUCUGUCUGCAAACGCUGUAUACACAAGGCCACUGGCAUGGAGUACGCGGUUAAGAUCAUCAGUAAGGCCAACAGAGACCCAACAGAGGAGGUGGAGAUCCUAAUGAGAUACGGACAACAUCCCAACGUCAUCACACUAAAGGAUGUGUUUGAUGACGGUAGGACGGUGUAUCUGGUCACAGAGCUGAUGAAGGGAGGAGAGCUGCUGGAUAAGAUACUGAGACAGAAGUUCUUCUCAGAGAGAGAAGCUAGCGCUGUCCUAUACACCAUCACCAAGACUGUUGAAUACCUACACAUACAGGGGGUGGUGCACAGGGACCUGAAGCCCAGUAAUAUCCUGUAUGUGGAUGAGAGUGGGAACGCUGAGUCCAUCAGGAUCUGUGACUUUGGUUUUGCCAAGCAGCUGAGAGCUGAGAACGGCCUGCUGAUGACGCCGUGCUACACAGCUAACUUUGUAGCUCCAGAGGUGUUGAAGAAGCAGGGUUAUGAUGCUGCCUGUGACAUCUGGAGUCUAGGAGUCCUACUCUACACUAUGCUCACAGGGUUCACUCCGUUUGCCAACGGUCCAGAGGACACACCAGAGGAGAUCCUGGCUCGGAUCGGCAGCGGGAAGUUCUCUCUGACCGGAGGAUACUGGAACUCUGUUUCAGCAGAGGCCAAGGAGCUGGUGUCUAAGAUGUUACACGUGGACCCCCACCAGCGUUUGACAGCCGGCCAGGUGUUGUGUCAUCCCUGGGUCACACACCGAGACCACCUGCCCAUGUUCACACUGACCAGACAGGACGCUCCACACCUGGUCAAGAGCGCCAUGGCAGCCACCUACUCUGCCCUCAACAGGAACGUUCCACCUGUCCUGGACCCCGUGGGAUGUUCCACUCUAGCCCAACGGAGGGGGGUGAAGAAACUCACCUCCACUGCCCUCUGACCAUUGACAUUUCACCUCAGACUUAUAACCCUGCUGGAGCUCUGCUCAGGCAGACAGACCUGGUUCCUCAGAUGACCUGGACAGAACUCUGAUGCACCUGGGACCUGCUCAGUUAUUAACUAACCCAGUGGUCUUCACCCCUGGUGCUGGAGACCAGGGCUGGAACUACAGCCUAUAGCCCUGUUGGAUCAGGGCUGGAACGACAGCCUAUAGCUCUGUUGGACCAGGGCUGGAACUACAGCCUAUAGCUCUGUUGGAUCAGGGCUGGAACUACAGCCUAUAGCUCUGUUGGACCAGGGCUGGAACUACAGCCUAUAGCUCUGUUGGAUCAGGGCUGGAACUACAGCCUAUAGCUCUGUUGGAUCAGGGCUGGAACGACAGCCUAUAGCUCUGUUGGACCAGGGCUGGAACUACAGCCUAUAGCUCUGUUGGACCAGGGCUGGAACUACAGCCUAUAGCUCUUUUGGAUCAGGGCUGGAACUACAGCCUAUAGCUCUGUUGGAUCAGGGCUGGAACUACAGCCUAUAGCUCUGUUGGACCAGGGCUGGAACUACAGCCUAUAGCUCUGUUGGACCAGGGCUGGAACUACAGCCUAUAGCUCUGUUGGACCAGGGCUGGAACUACAGCCUAUAGCUCUGUUGGACCAGGGCUGGAACUACAGCCUAUAGCUCUGUUGGACCAGGGCUGGAACUACAGCCUAUAGCUCUGUUGGAUCAGGGCUGGAACUACAGCCUAUAGCUCUGUUGGACUUGGGCUGAUGGUGACCACAUUGUAGCGUCUCUCCAGUCUUUGCUUUGGACAAUUCGUGUUGCCUCUAGACUCAAGAGACAAUUGUCAGGAACAUGAAUGUGCUGUAUUUAGAUGUCUGUACUUCUGGGAACAUUUGAGAUACCUGCAUUAUGCAUUUAAGACCCAUAUUAAAAUGAUGAUGAACUGUAUAAUGUAGCUCUGUGAAUAAACCUAAGUAGCCUCAAAAACAGUACAAUAUGAAGAUAGGCUAAAACGGCUUCUCCAAUAGAAAUCCCAGACCACACUUUUCGGCAAUGUUCUGGCGAUGUUGGCUAGCUAAGCUCAUGCGUAGAAACAUGUCAUCUGGUCUAACGGUCGUCUCGUGUCAAAUCAAAGGCACUCCUUCCAUAUCAUUUUUGGGGAAAAUGUGUUCGUUCGUCAACUUCACGAGGUUGGAGUAAUAACACGCUCAACUACUUAAGAAAUUGGAUCAAUUCUAGGUUGUGGAUUUAGAUUUUGAGAAAAUGAACAACUAAGGAUGAAUGUUUUACUUUUCUCAUUGACUUCACAACCCCCAAACCCUGGUCAGCUUGGUCUGUUUCGCAAGCGUUCACAGAUGUCUAACGAUGUUGCAUCUCUGGGUUUAGAAAAUCUGUGGUAACCUCUUCUGUGACUGAGUCAUCAGACAGGAACAAAACUAGUGAUGUCAUCAGAGUGAGAGCAGGUAGAGCUCCACUGACCCCGCCCCCUAUGUAGAGACAAGCUCCUCCCAGUCAGCCACAACAUCCAGAGUGAGGCCAGUCUGGACUGAGGUCUAAUCAUGGCUUUGGUGGGCCAGUCUGGGUAUAGCCUGCCCUGUCCACGCCACACCUCAACAUUUACAGACACCAAGGGAAACCUGAUCCUUGACCAGUGUUAAGCAGUGGUUAUCUGGACAGCGAGUCUGUGUAUAUGUUGAUGCCUUCAAAUGCUCCUCAGGACUCCUCUGAACCUUGUGUUUCCCAGUUCCAAGGUACAUUUGAAAGCAGCAUGCUUGGAUGACGCCAUGAGGAGUCUGUGUCCGACACUGAACUGACACUACUGUUCCAGUACAGCAGCUCAGGUUUCUAGAUGAAAUACCAUGCAUUUUAUAAGUCCAUUAACUGUGUCAUGUAAGCACACAGGUGGGGUGGGAGAGGUCCAUGGAUGUAGAAAUGUGUGGAUAGAAGGGACAUGAUAUUUUAUGCUGAAUUGAACCCUUUCAACCUGCCAUCUGGAAUGGCAUGACAGUUGUGGAAGUAAUCCAGUAUGUUACUGUAUGGGCCAGCUGGCACCUGCUGACUUCUGGUCAAUCCCUUUAAAGCACUGUCUGUCUAAUUGAAUGAAAAAAUAUGUAGCUACAGUAUCAAUGACUUGUAGCAGUAGUAUUGAAUUAAUGAGCUGAUCCUGGAUCGGUGGACAACUCCUACCUAUUCGAUCGCUCUCCCUCAGCUCUUCUGUAUGUGUUGUAACAGUCUUUCAGGUUCUGCUUGACUGGUAGCAGAGCUGUAAGCUUGUGUGUUUGAGAUGUCUGUAUGUUUUUUUCUCCUUCCAGUUUGAGAGUAGAUGAGAUGUAUUUUUUCUCUCCUUCCUCUGUCCCUAUCCAGUGGAGAUAGUGUCCCUUCCUCCACCCCUGCUGCUGUCUCCUCUCUCUGGUUUUGUAUCUCAGUGGAGUCACAGUAGGACUUUCUAUUGAACAUAAUAAAAAUACCUUCAGUAUACAA